AUGGCUCAAAAAAAUACAGCUAUGAUAGAUAAGCAAUUCCUGUAUUUAUGGAGCCUAACCCUAGUCAACUUUCAGGCUUUGAUUUUAUCUCAAGGGAGAUGAGACUCAGAAGUUGGGCAGCCCAUGCCUACAGGCAAGCUCUCCAGCGUGAAAACAGGAGUUAUGCCCUGGUCUAAGAAUUUACCUUUUUUCCGAUGGUCGACCAGAAAACCCAUUUUUUGGAUUUUUGUAUGGAUAACCUUAUACUCCUCUCAAAUUGACCGCAGAAAUCCGAAGACUGCUGCUGACUCAACACUGAAGCUGGGAGGCAAGGAGGAGACAUUGUCAUCCCUGGCGGAGGCACGGUCUCAAAGCAAUGUAAUCUCCCUUGGAGAUCCUCGGUGAAUGCGCUACAACUAA